AUGGGUUUAGAGCUUGGAAGAGGCAAAUCUGAAAUUCCUAAUCAAAUAGCCAAGAAAGAGAUUGAUUUCUCUCCACCCGGAAACUCGAAUAGUGGGACACGUGGGAAUGUGGAGCAACAUGAGGUUGUUGACGUGGAUGUGAACCAGGUGGAGUUUUUAUCUCCAGACAGUCCUCCAUCCUCCGGAUUUAGCAAGGGUGUCGAUGUUGAUAGUCGUGAUCCAGGAAGCAGCUAUGAUGUACAUCUGCAACCGUUGUCACCUCAGGUCGGCAUGACGACAUCCACCAUGGUGACGGCCCCCGCCUCCGCUCCGGUUUCUCGUCCGUUGCCUCCCCCAAUGGUGACCAUGUCAAUGCCCCUGCCUGUUACGCUCCCGGCGCAAGGAUCAACGCCAGCAAUUCAAAUGCCAUGGGAUCAACUCUUCUCUCAGCAAGUCGCCCAACCUGUUGCUAACCUGGUCACUUCGGCGCCAGGGGCACCUCCCCAGUUGAUGACGGUCCCUUUAGCCAGUCAGGCGCCACAAGCAGCGUUUCCCAAUGCCAAUGCCCAAAUGCGCCCCGACUCUUCUCGAAACUAUUCUCCAUACACUCCUCUUAACAGGUACCCAUGCUACUCAAGGAACGCCCCCUUACAUGCAACAAGUGGUGCCGCAGUUCACUCCUCACCAACAUCAUGGCGUAUACCCGCAGAGUACCUACUAUCAACAUCUCCAAGCCAGCCUUCCCGAAACGUUUAG